CUUCAUCUCUUGAAGAUUGCGUGGUUUGUGCCUUGUCGCAAGAUUAUUCACUCCACUAGGAGUUUGAUCUGUUCUCUAUUUUUGAAUGGACUGCUUUGUGAAUAGCAGAAUUUUUAGUCUUGGUUGUAGUAGAGUGACAUACUUUGGUUGUCACAAGGGUUUCAUCCAAGUGUCUCCUUGCCUGCGUGUUCGUACUCACCGACAGGCUUGUGUUUGUAUUCGGAGUUGUCGAAACUCUUCAUCAAGUCAAUAUUCGUUCAAUCGAAGAGACUUGAUAAAAGGUCUCUUGACGGUCUCCAUCGCGCCUUUUUUGUCUGCUUUUCCUGCGACAGCGACGCAUAAUUUCAAAUUGACUGGGCAAUAUGAACAAGACGUACGAAAUAUGGUAGAAAGUUUGAGAAUGGCUUGUGACCUACAAAGAGAUACUCCUGAACAUGAUAGCACUGUUCAAAGAAUUAGAAAGCAAAUGAGUGACUUUGUCUCCUUUUACCGUAGAAAUCCAAACGUCGCUGGAUCGCCAUCUUUUAGUACUAUCUAUACUGCUAUUAAUACUGUGGCUGGGCAUUAUACAACUUUUGGUACAGAAUAUCCUAUCCCAGAAAAACGCAAGGCAAGGCUAGAGCAACAGUUUAAAGAUAUUGAGAGGGCAGUUUCGAGAGGACGGUAAUAAAAGUCUAUAAAGAAAGCGGUGUGUUGGAAUGUUUUGAAUGGAUGGUUUGUGAGAUCAUUUCUCCCAACUGAAUAAAGGAUUCUUUCUUUAGCUUCGGGACUUC